GAACAAUUUUCAGUAGGCUUUGGAUUGAAAGUUAAAGCAGUUUGUGUAAUCUGUUUAGUUACACUCAUUUUUAUUUCGUAAGUCAACGAGCUGAAUACAAAUAAAAAAAUUUGAAAAAUUCAAGUGGUUGCACAAUGUCAAACCUUCAAGAUGUACCUCUUACCGAGCCAGAAAACAUUAUACCAACCACUAAUGAUAGUACAACUGACAAUGACACAAGCGGCCCGAAAAGCAAUUCGCUGAAACGCUUCUUUAAGCUUGGCAAGAAAGCCAACCCUACCCAAAAUUUUGCCGAGGAUGGAAACGAACUGGAUGACGAGGUCAACAAAGACACCGCUAAGCCGGGCACCAUUAAUCGCUUAUUGACACGAUUGAAGAGCACUUCAAAAACAGAGUCUAUCGAGCCCUCAACCAGCACCAACCCGGACAUGGAGGAGACUUCUGGCAAGCCCGCGCCAAACGCAAAACCCACAUUGAAGUCAUCGAUAUCAACCUAUUGGAGGCAUCUUUUCCAUCGCCAAAAGGCGAUCAACAGAGAAGGCUCCCAUGAUCAUCAAGAUUUCCCAGAAACGAAACAGGAGGCAAUCGAGCUGAACCAAGUACAGCAAACUGAACCGGCUAUCGCUGAAAUAGGUUUACCAGAAACACCAGUUACAUCGCGUGAGACCAUAAAAAUGAUUGGGACAGAAAAGUCAUUAGAAGAGGAGGUUCAAAUGCUCGCCAUUUCUGAUGAUAUAGUGGACAAAAAGGAAGCCUAGGUCAAGGCUUCAAUCUACUUAAAUUUAUUGUUACCCAAUUUGUAAGGGACUGCCAGCCGUCUGCCCCACACACACAUACAUACACAUGUACACACAUAUAGGUAAAACUAGUUCGUCUGCAGUUCAGCUUCAAAUUAUAAUAAUUAAAUUUAGCAUUUUAAAAAACCUGAA